UCUGCUGACUUCUCUCUGGCUUCUCUGGCAGAAGAGCACAGUCUUUGCGCGGAAACUCGCGGAGUGAAGAGCCCUGGCAUGUGAUCCAAACAUUCCGCACCAACUUUCCAUGCUGUUUCCAGCUGGAGGUACCGAAUUUAGCGGGCUCGUCUGGACCGGAUCCGCUCCCGAUCUGACGCCUGCUGCGCUCCGGGUCGUCUCGGUCGCUUCUUGUGGUUCGGGUGGCGGAUAAAGUCGACCCGGGGUCCGUGCCUGGGUCAUGGAGGGGGACGUUAUGGACAAGGUGGAGGCGACAGCGACGGUCGGAGACCUCGACCCAAUGAGUGGGAGCAUCCCCGCCACCAAAGUAGAGAUCACCGUGUCCUGCAGGAAUCUAUUGGACCGGGACACCUUCUCCAAAUCCGACCCCUUGGUGGUGCUGUACACGCAGGGCGUGGAGUGCAAACAGUGGAGGGAGUUUGGGAGAACGGAGGUGAUCGACAACACUCUGAACCCGGACUUUGUCAGGAAGUACAUCCUGGACUACUUCUUUGAGGAGAAGCAGAAUCUUCGGUUUGACGUGUAUGACAUCGACUCCAAAAGUCCGGAUCUGGCAAAACAUCCAACCGACUUUAACGACUUCCUGGGCCAGGUCCACUGCACGCUGGGAGAGAUCGUGGGCUCUCCUGCCAGUCGCCUGGAGAAACCCCUCGGAGGGAUUCCAGGGAAGAAAUGUGGAACCAUCAUCUUGUCAGCGGAGGAGCUGGGGAACUGUCGAGAUUACGCCACAAUGCAGUUCUGCGCCAACAAAUUGGAUAAGAAAGACUUCUUUGGAAAGUCGGACCCCUUCAUGGUCUUCUACAGGAGCAACGAGGACAGAACGUUCACCAUCUGCCACAAGACUGAGGUGGUGAAGAACACCCUCAACCCGAUCUGGCAGCCCUUCUCCAUCCCCGUGCGGGCACUCUGCAAUGGCGACUACGACAGAACAAUCAAAGUGGAAAUUUACGACUGGGACAGAGAUGGAAGCCACGAUUUCAUCGGCGAAUUCACAACCAGCUACAAGGAGCUGUGUCGAGGACAUAACCAGUUAAACGUUUACGAGGUGAUGAAUGCCAAGAAGAAGCUAAAGAAAAAGCGAUAUAUCAACUCUGGGACGGUGUCCUUGUUGUCAUUCAACGUGGAGUCGGAGCACACGUUCCUGGACUACAUCAAGGGCGGGACUCAGAUUCACUUCACCGUGGCCAUCGAUUUCACUGCUUCAAACGGAAAUCCGUCGCAGUCCACUUCCCUCCACUACAUGAAUCCCUACCAGAUGAAUGCGUACGCCAUGGCGCUGAAGGCAGUGGGGGAGAUCAUCCAAGACUACGACAGUGAUAAGAUGUUCCCCGCCCUGGGGUUCGGUGCUAAGCUGCCCCCUGAUGGGAGGGUCUCGCACGAGUUUCCCCUGAAUGGCAACGUAGACAACCCCUACUGUAACGGCAUGGAGGGGAUUUUGGAAGCUUACCACCAAAGCCUUAAGACAGUCCAGCUGUACGGACCCACAAACUUCGCUCCUGUGGUUAACCACGUGGCAAGGUACGCCGCCGCCGUGGAGGACGGCUCCCAAUACUUUGUUCUCCUCAUCAUCACCGACGGUGUCAUAUCCGACAUGGCUCAGACGAAAGAGGCCAUCGUCAACGCUGCGAAACUACCCAUGUCCAUCAUCAUCGUUGGAGUCGGCCAGGCGGAGUUUGACGCAAUGGUGGAGCUCGACGGUGAUGACAUCAGAAUCUCCUCUCGAGGGAAGCUGGCUGAGAGAGAUAUUGUGCAGUUUGUUCCGUUCAGAGACUAUAUGGACCGCACAGGGAACCAUGUUCUGAGCAUGGCCCGGCUGGCUAAGGACGUUCUGGCCGAGAUCCCGGACCAGCUCAUCUCCUACAUGAAGAGCAGAGCCAUAAAGCCCAACCCCCCUCCUCCACCCUACUCCCCCGGUGACCACUCUGAGUCCAAGCCCGUCUGAGCCCCCGACACAGCCCCGUGUACAGACGACUGACGGGUGCCUGACCUCCACCAACCCUUUUUUGUGGGAUCACUUGCAGCCGGGAGGUAAAUAUGAACGACUCCAGAGCUGCGUGGAGCGGCGAGUUUGCUCUGAAGGAAACUUCUGGAGAGGAGUUUUAAUUGUUCACUGUCAAAACUGUCCGAGUGGUGAUGUAAUGGAUAGACGUAACUCUAGAGCGUGGGCCUGUUUGGCGGCAUUUAUAUAUUAGAAUGUGCCCGUUUGUAUCAUGUUUGUGAUACCUUUUUGGAAUCGGUGUGUGUAAAACUAGGAAACCAAUUGUACUUUUAUUUAACGGGAAAUUCUUUAUUCCUUGGGGAGGGGCUUCGAAGGGGAGGGUCAUGGCAGCCCCUGUGAUUUACCAUUCUAUAUUUUCCGACUGAUAGUACACGCUACUCCCCGUUUCUACUUUGAUAAGCAUGUGCUGAGCCCCUGUCCGCAGUUUACAGACCACCCUCUUGUUUCUGAGCUGCUGCCGUCAUGGUCUCCCCCGUCUCUGAAGCAGACUGCACUACAAACCGAAAAAGCACAAGUCUCAACCUUUAUUUUGAAAAGCACCCGCGCCCCCGAUGAUACUUCCUUCCAAGUGUGUCAACAGCCUCUUGUUUUCGUGGCGUUUUACAUAAAGAUGUGAAAAAUUCCCAGUUAGUUUGCAGCCAAGGAGGAUGAGUCACGCUGCCGGAACUGAGUCGUCGUUGUUGUUGUUGUUGUUAUUGUCUGCACUUUUUAAUAGCGACAAGACUAAAGGUUCGCCAGUGCAUCAUUAAAACAACUGAACUAAGUUUGCAGCAGAAAGUUUGGAAUUCAAUGGGCUGCAACUGGUUUUGAAGCUCAGAUUUAAGGAGGCGACUCAAAGAGACCCACUUUCUGCACAUUGACAGCAACGAAGCGAAGAAACUACUAUGCACCUCUGGCAGUGAGGCCACCUCUGACCCGUAGUUUAACACACAACCUCGGGUUCCGAUGGCUUUUCUCUGUCCAGUCUCCUGCUGGAUCGAGAAAAGCGGGUUGAAGGCAGGAACUCCAGUUUUCUUUUCGCACAGGGACUGGACUUAUGAGUGUAAAACAAGUCAACAACAGCUGAAAACUCAAUUUCAUCAAAACGCCGCUGGACGCAGAUCAGCCAUAACAUUAUGACCACUGAGAGUUUAGCACCCUUUAAAUCUGUGAUUCUCAACUGGUGGGCUGCAGACUGCUCUUACUUUUUUAUGGAGCAGGAUUCAGUCUAUUCACACUCAGUAAGUGGUGCUAAUCCUCCGCUAUGCUAAUUCAUAGCAGCUAAUUUACAGCUUAGCUGGAUGUCAGUUGAUGCUAAUGGAGCUCCGUGAUAGGCCGUAUGGCGCUGGUUACCUGACACGCGUGCGAGGGGUGGUACCCCACUGUGAUGCUUGGUUCAGCGGAGACAUUUCUGGAGCUCACAGGACGGAGAUUGUUCAGCUUCCAAUUCUGAUGGCACUGCAUUCAUAAUGGGGGGAGAAGCUCCAGAUGAUUUUCAAUAUUUCCCUGCUGAUAAGCUAAUAUGCGACCUACUGAUACGAUUUUGUCUGAAAUGGAUUUCAUGGCGUAAAGUGUUCAUCAACGCGCCGUGUUUUUCCUGAUCCUCCCUGUGAGCUGCAGAGUAUUGUCCUGGUGCUCUGUCGGAUGCUGCUGAUCCAUCUACUGCCGACACAGUGUUGGAAACCAUGACGGCAGUGACCUCCUGCCACAGAGUUAGAAUGGAUCCAGACAGAUUCUCGCUAUCGUUUUGAGGUGUGACCUUUAAAUGUCAAGACCUCAGUUUGGGAACUGAGCGGACCUGAUGUGUGGGGGGAACCGGUCAAGACCGCAACAAGCUGCGUCCCAUGUCUUCAUUCAAGUGUUGUGAGAAGUAGCUGACAGAGGUGGUCAUAAUGUUGUGGCUGACUGCUCCAACGUCGUCCACGUCGAUGUUGAUCCCGUCGUUCACUCCUGAUCCAAAUGUGCCUACUCUAUGGAACUGUAUCCAACUUGUGUUACCCAGGUGUUGUUCUGACAUGUUCCAGCCGCUUCCCUGGUCGUGUUGACAGACGGUUCUAUGAGCCUUGUUGUACAAAAGUCAAGACUUGUUUACAGUCGGGCUGUGUCUACUCAGCAUCACCUCACCAGGAGCUGGUGACCAGCGCUUACUUUCCGUUCCCCAAUGUGUUCUUUUGUCUGUGUUUUUCACCGACACUCUUCAUCUGUAUUCCACAUCCGCGGAAUGUUGUCAGCUGAAUGUUCUCAGAGCUGAUGAUGCUGCAGAAAGCCGGGGCUGGCGACACAUCAGCAUGUAAACUGCUGCCAGACGUGAUGAAGUACGGUAACAUGAAUGCAAAUAUGCGUUUCCCAGCGUGAUAGUCAGACGCUUGCACAAUGUCAGGAAACAUCUGCUCGCAUUCAUUUAUCACUCUGUGUGGAGGUCAUCAAUACUCCCCUGGGAGAUAUGAAAGAUAAGAAAUAUUGGCAACAUCGACUGAUAUGAGUUUAUAGGGUCCUGCAUUCAUUCAUUUAUUUACUUAUUUAUUUAUUUGGGAUAUUUCCCAGAAGCAGGGUUUGGGUUUUAAAAUUAUUAAUAAUGUUUUUCAUUUUCUGUUCUUAGGAAAAAAUAGCAAUGAAACAAAAAAUUUUAAUUUGCUGUUUUUACUGUCCUUUUUAUUCAAAAACUUCUCCUAUUCUUUAAGAUUUUUUUUUCAUAUUUUUAAUAUUUUUUCUAGAUUAUUCAGUUAUUAUUCAGUUUAUUUUACUAUUAUUGUAUUAUAUUAUAGUAGUAGUAGUAGUAGUAGUCGUGUUUUUUUUUUUUUUUUGUUCUUGUUCGUUUUUUUAAGUACAAAACCUGAGAUUUCUAUACACCCUGAUCAGCACUUGUUUUUAAAAAAAGGAUUGAGAAUUUUUACUGUUUGUGGGGGAAGUCAGUCAGAAAAUGGGGGGACGACAGUGCAAAGCUCGUGACAUAAAUAUUUACAUCCUACACCUCCGUCACAUUGGCAUCUCGGCUAGUUCAGCACCAACAGUUGAAUCUUCUUGCAUCAGUUUGAUGCUAGUUUCACUUUCCUGAUGUUGCGCAGCCCCAAAUAAACCCACCUUAUUUCUAUUGCGUUGCUUUUGGUUGUGUUCCUAAUGUGGUUUAUUCACAGAGGUAGUGAAAGGGCAUGAUGUUUGUCAAGUCAGCAUGCAGCUCAUCCUGCAAAUGUCACGGAUGGAGCGAAAACACGGCAGCGGACUUUGUAUGCACACAAAUGUUUCUCUGGAGGGGAGGGGGGGGAGCACAGUGGUGAUAACACUUAUGCAAAUGUUUUACCGGAAUAUAUUUUCAUUGCUUAUUUUUUUGGUAGAAGAUGUCUUUAUAAGAACGGCUUUGAAUAUUCCGCUUUCUUUGAGGCUGAAUUCUAAUUAUGUAUAUAGGGGGCUGUAGGUGCCCCUCGCUGUUCCACUCCAACACCCCGCAUGUUGGUGCAGACGUUCGGACUCAUGCGCCUCUGUUCCAUCCAAAUACUGCGUCGGCCACCUGCUCCACGUGUUUAUUUGGAUGUUCCGGGAGAAGGCGUCACCGGCCUCGACCCGCUCCUCCUCUGAGACACCAACUGUACUGGCUCCUGGAGCCACUACACCUGUUCUCUCCCAGGUUGUUUACAUACCUCUGCAUGCUGAAUAGUUUCCAAACCAGGUGUUGGACAUGAUUGUCGUCAUACUGUGGUUUGUGAAAUGCUUUGUAAUGGAUUGCCUUAAUAAAAUGAUCAAUAAAACUACAC